GGUAACAUAUUUCAUGUUUUAUUUAUUUGAUACAUGUACCUUUAUGUUCUGAUCAGUUCAUAUUCCUGAAACAAACGCAUAUUAGAUCAUUGGUUGUGGUCUAGAACGUGUUAUCAAUAAUCCCGAUCAAUUGUUAGUCGUACAACCGGGAAUACGGCGUGUAUCGCAUGGUAAACAAUGGAUGGCGGUUCAUUCACGAAGGUAUGUUCCACAGAAGGGUGAUUUUGUAAUUGGAAUUGUUACUUCUGUGCAUGGUGAAACAUUUAAAAUUGAUAUCGGCGCUGCUGACAUCGCUUUUAUUAGUUUCCUUUCCUUUGAAGGUGCCACAAGACGUAAUCGUCCAAACUUAAAAGUUGGUGAUUUAAUUUAUGCAUCUGUUACUACUGCAACAAAACAUCUUGAACCAGAGCUUACAUGUGUUGAUGGCGAGGGUCGAGCACGUGGUAUGGGUCCAUUACCAUCCGGUGGAUUUUUGUUUAAAACAAGCCUAAAUCUUGUACGUCGAAUUCUUUCACCAACUUCAAAGCUGUUAUCACUAAUUGGUAAAGAUAUAAAAUUCGAAAUAACAAGUGGCAUUAAUGGACGAAUUUGGAUCAAAGGCAUAAAUGUCGUGGAAGUUAUAGCUGUUUAUCGGAUAAUUAAGGAUUCAGAGUUUAUACCAGAACCAGAUAUUCCAGCUUUCGUAGAUAAGCAAAUUAGUCGUUUAUAUGGCUUUCCAGUAGUUACUGAUGACAGUAAUAAUGACCGAAUAUCGUAGUGCCCCGUAUGUGCGUAUGAGUGCGUGUUUGUCUGCGUGUGUGCGUUUAUAUAUACAUGAGUAUUUUAAUUAUAGUACAGUUAGGUUUGAUUUCAGCAAUCAUUUGUUUGAUAAAUACAAGAAUAUUUU